AUGUCUGCGCAAAAAGACUGCGAAUUUUUGGUCAAAAGAGCUCGGGAGCUGGUGCCCGAUGACCCAUGUGCGGCUAAAGCUUGGCUCAUAACGGCCAGAACCCUUUACCCAGCCGAUUUCAACAUACAGUAUGAAAUGUACACCAUUGAACGCAAUGCCGAAAGGACUUCCUGUGCAGGGAGAUUGCUGUAUGACAUGUUCUUAAAUUUUCCAGAUCAGCCCGUAGUUUGGCGUGAGAUCAGUGUCAUCACCGCAGCUCUGCGAAGUGACGCUCAGGACAAACAUUCGCAGUUCCUUCGAGGGCUUUUUGAAACACUUCCGGGCCGUAUACAGUGUGAGAUGCUUCUGAAAGCCACAGAGCAGUGUUUCAACACUUUGGAAAAGGCAGAGAUGCUGUUGCUCCUACUAAAACGCUUUCCGGAGUCUGUCGUCCAGCACGGGGUGAGCCUAGGCGAGACACUGUUGGAAGCUGAAACAUCUGAGAAAGUGGAAUCGCCCGUCAACUGCUUCAGAAAACUUUUUGUGUGUGACGUCCUUCCUUUAGUUAUAAACAACAUGGACAUGCGCCUGCCAGCCAGCUUGAUGCAGAAAUACAUUUUGAAAGCUGCUGAAUUCUACAUCGGUUAUGUCACUCGAGGACCUUCACCCGAAGGACAGAUCAAUGGUGAAGCAGAGCCGUCCGCUCAAGAAGGUGGUCCUCUAAAGUCUCCCAGUGUCUCCCGUGGCUCCCAGCGCUACGUUAUUGACGGUUUGUCAGAGAAGUCUUCGGCGGUUGCUGAGCCUUGGGAGAGGCUCUUAGACCUCCUCGCUGUCGUCGGCGCUCGAUGUGAGUGGCAGGGCGAUAAAGGACAGAGGAGUUAUGUGGACCUGCUUCAGAGAGUAAAGGAGCUGUGUCGCUACUUGCCAAGCUUGGAGGGAGACACCAGAGCCCGCUGCUGCAGUCAGGUGGUUAUCUGCACCGCUCUGGUUCUCUUCCGCAACGCUUUCCUCUACGUCUCAACCGUACAGCCAGCGCUUUUCCAGGGUGUGAAUACUUUAAACUUGGCGCCGUGGAUUCUAGUGGAGGAUUUUAGCACCGUGUACAAUGAUGUGGAGGUGGAGAGGGGAACGGUCAAACACACGCACAAGAAGCGCAAAAUGGCAGAUGGCAGAGAGAAGACCAUGAGUUCAGACGAUGAGGACGCUUUGGGGAAGGUGCGUGGCCGUCACAUCCUCGUGAACAAGACCGAAAUGGCCAACUGGUCGGAGACUUUGGAGGGAUUUUACACAGCCAGGGAAAGCUGGGACCUUCUUCACUCCCAUGACAGUCUCGAAACUGAGUUCAAAAAAAUGUGUGCCUCAUGGAAGACAGAAAGUUGGCUGUGGUUCCGAAUCUUUCUUACUGACAUGAUCAUUUACCAGGGCCAGUACCGGAAAGCCCUAUCCAGCCUGCACCAGAUGGCAGCCGUGCAGCAGCCCCAGUCGGGACAGCAGAGCCCCUCAGGUCAGACCAGUCUGGAGCACCACAGAGCCCUCAUACAGCAGGCAUCUUGCCACUACGCACUGGGAGAAUACAGGAUUGCUUGCGAGAAGCUUCUUGAUGUUGUCAGCGGACUGGUACCUCCAAACCAUGAAGCAACAAAACCUUUUGAAGAUCAGACAAGACCAAAAUCCAAAAUGAAGAAAAGCCACGACCUGAGAUUGCUUCCAUGCACCAGCAAUGCUGUAUUACCAUUCUGCCUCCAGCUGAUGUUAGCCUGCUUUAAGCCACGAGCCUUCACAGACAACCGAGACGAUCUUUCACUGGGUCACGUGGUGGUGCUCCUGCAGUAUGAUUGGCCGCAGGGCGAGAUGCUGUUCCUAAAAGCCGUGGAUAAAAUUUGCCAGCAAGGUGGUUUCCAAUAUGAGAAUUUCUUCAACUAUGUCACCAAUAUCGACAUGCUGGAAGAGUUUGCGUACCUGCGUACCCCCGAUGGAGGAAGGAUCCAGUUAGAGCUGCUUCCCAACCAGGGAAUGUUGAUUAAGAACCCUAGGCCCUCCCUGGGGGUGGAGUUAAACACCCUUCUGCUCCAAGGGGUGCAGAUGAUGGACAGACACCACACAGUGACCAGAGGGAUUACCAAAGGAGUGAAGGAGGAUUUUCGUUUAGCCAUGGAGAGGCAGGUGUCGCGUUGCGGAGAGAACCUGCUCAGCGUCCUGCACCGUUUCUGUAUCAACGAGAAAAUAAUCAUCGUCCAAUCUCUCCCUUGA